AUGCCUGAUAUAAAGUGGAACAUCCUGCUCAAGAAUCCAGCAAUUGCCGUCAAGAUCCUCCUGCUUGGAUCGUGGCGUAGUGUACUGAUCCUUCUAGCACGCAUUGUCGUCCCAUUUCGAGCACGCAAACUCACGCUCCGAAAUGCCUUUGCACGAGCAUGGAUCAGGACAGCCCACUCCGCACAUUCUAAGGUCUUCUGUUCGGAGCCUUGGAGCCACAAUUGCCAGGAAGUGGUACUCGCUGGCUCUACCGUGGAUACCCUCCACGAGAAGCCAAUCGUUGGUGGUUGGGUCAUCCCAAAUACCGAUGUCGACGAGUUGAAGCAGAAGGAUGCGGUGAUUGUUUUCGCCCAUGGUGGCGGAUAUGCCAUCGGGCAUGGACUACAGAACGCGAGCGCUUUUCGUCGCUGGGUUGGAAAGGCAAAGUCUAUGGGCCAGGAGAUUGCCAUUGUAACAGUCAAAUACCGUAAGUGUCUUGCUAUAGGGAAACUCAACUUGUGGCGAUGUUACAUUCCUGGUAUGUGGUUCUCCAGGCUGAUUUUGCCAUCAACUACAGCGUUAUCUGGUGAGAAACAAUGGCCCGCCCAGCGAGAUUCCUUCAUGGCCAUGUAUGAGUGGCUGCUUCAACAAGGUGUUUCGCCCUCAAAGAUAGUCUUCUCUGGGACGUCCGCGGGAGGUGAGCAUAUAUAUAGCUUCUACUCCUACAAAAUUUGUAUCAUGUACUCACGCGAGUCUUCUCACUUACUAGGCGGGUUGAUCCUCCUCGCCAUGCUUUACAUUCGAGACCAUACCAAUCUCCCACAGCCACGCUGUGCUGUGGCACACUCACCGUGGACCGACGUCUCAAGUGCCUUGACUGGAGUCAAGGGUCACCCGCUACUAGACACCGACUACAUUGACACAUACGAUCAGACCUGUGUUGCAAUGAACGACCUUCUACGACCCGACGGCCUACCCUUUAACACACCAGAAAUAAGCCCCGUGCUCGCCAAAGAUGUCUCAAGGCUUCCUCCACAAUUGGUAUUCUAUGGCGAUGCAGAGAUAUUGAUGACGGACAGCAUGAGGUGGAUCAAACGCUCGAGGGAUGCCGGUGUCCGAAUCGACGUGCAUGUGGGCAAGGGCGAGAUGCACACGUACUCAAAUGGGUGGCCUGUUGGCGGGCGGCGGACGGAGUUGGAAUGUGAUGAGCUUAUGUUGAACUACAUAUUCUCGGAAGUAGCGCUACCGCUGUAA